ACCCUCCUUGCGCGACACAAGGUGCGCGUUAUACUUGGAAGCCGAUAGCGCCUAUGGAGACACGAAUGUCAAAGAUUACAGUUUUAUGAAUUUGAAGCUUUGGAUUUAAUUUACCCAAUCAGAUACAUAUUUGUUCAGUAAAAAGAUAAACCAGUCGUGUUGUGGUAGUUAAAACUUUUUUUAGAAACUGUUGACAUCUCAUAUUUUUAAUCUGUCGGGUCUUGUUAGAAUGAUUAGUGGAGUUGACAAAGUUGAAAGUGCAAAUUAUUUUAGUUUAUAGAGUUAUUGACAUGAAAUGGAUGUUGUGGCCAGUAGAUAUUAAAAGAUUUGUUUCAACAGAUGAAAUAUCAAAUUAGGACAAGAUGACAGCACCACGGAAGGGAAGUGCGGAUAAGUCUAUACCACACACUCGGUUAGAAAAUGAAGACAUGAUAUGGGAGAGCUAUGAGAUAGGGGAAAAACUAGGUCAGGGAGCCUUCGGGAAGGUGUUCCAGGUCCGACAUAAAGCAACUAAUGAAGAAUGGGCUAUGAAAUUUAUAAACAAAGAAAAGGCUGGGAGUUCAGCUAUAAAGUUACUAGAAAGAGAGGUUGCCAUAUUAAAGAAAGUCUCACAUCGUAAUAUUAUACAGCUUAAUGAAGUCUUUGAAACAGGAAAGCGUAUGUUUCUGGUAAUGGAACUAUGUACAGGUGGGGAGUUAGCAGAGGCCCUGAAAGAGAAGAGAUAUUUCAUGGAAAGUGAAGUAAAAGUUAUAACAAAAGAACUAGCAAGUGCAAUAACCUAUCUUCAUAAAAUCGAUAUAGUACAUAGAGAUUUAAAGUUAGAGAACAUUCUUGUCAGCAAAUUCCCAGAUGCCACAAAUCCUGAAGACAGACUUCAAAUCAAGGUGACAGAUUUUGGUUUGUCUAUAACAAAGAGUGGGGUAGGACAUGACAAUAUGAUGCAAGAUUUUUGUGGAACGCCAAACUAUAUGGCGCCAGAGAUUAUAGAUAAUAAAUCAUACAGUCAACAAUGUGAUGUCUGGGCAUUGGGUGUGAUUGUUUAUACCUUAUUGUGUGGUAACCCACCCUUUCAGGCCAAAGAUGAGGAAACACUGUAUGAACUUAUUAAACAAGGUUACGUGGAAUUUACCCCUGAUAAAAUCUGGAAUCAGGUGUCCGCCCAAGCUAAAGAAUGUAUAAAGAAGAUGUUGAAUACAGAUCCUGCCCACAGAUUGACAGCUAGUGAAGUUUUAAACCACCAUUGGAUUACAGGUGAUCAGGCAAGGCAGUCAGCAAAUGUUCUAGAACUGAUGAAGGAAUGGAAAGAUUUGAAGAUAGAUGGUGAAAAUAGUGCAAUAAAUGGCAAUGAAGAUGGUGAUGAGAGUUCACAGGUGAACAGUGAAAACCACACAGAGGAAACAAACAACAAUGAGCCUUCUAUAUCAACAUCAAGUGAAUCUAAUAGGAAAGGUUCAGAUGCGAAGAAACCAGGCUCUGGUGGAAAGAAUUCGUCAAGAGUAAGUCAAAACCGUUCAUCAACAGGAAGUAUCCCACGUAACAGUCCCGGAUCAUCAUUGAAACCAUCAAAUGCAAACACAAAACCUAUCUCCAAGUCACCAUUGCCAAGCUCACGGGCUGCUCAUUCAAACACUCCACAGCCUAGACCUGGUACACAGAAUGCUUCCAGAGCCACGCCCAUAACUAACCAUAGAAACACACCAAUACAGAGUAAAGGCAAUGCAGUGAAACAAACUACCAAAAAUAAUCCGACAAAAAAAUAAGAAUAGUGCUGACCUAAUGUGUAUACGUCAAUACUUUGUUUUUAAAAAGGUUUAACUGAAAGAGAAGACUGCUACAGUAGAAUUUAUGUAUCACAGCUGCUUUGUAAUAUUGUAACUCAGUUGACUGAUAUAAAGUUUAACUGUAAUGAUGGAUAUGUUUGCAUUUUAUAACAGUUAAUACUGAUAUGAUAUGGAAAGGUUUUUAACCAGUGUUAAAAUACUGACAGUGGAUGUUCGUACUACAUCAUUCAUUGGGAUAUUGUAAACAAAGGAGGCCAAAUAUUGGAUUGCGCUAGUUAUUUGACUUGUAUUUAUAGACUGCUUCAUGGCAGAAAAAGUGUGUUCAUUUGUUACCGUCCAACAUAGAAACAAAAACUGUGAUGAUUUAAUUUGUAUCCCAUGUGAAAAAAACUUUUAUUUCAUCAUUUUUGUACUGUUAUGUUUAGAGGAGGAGAACAUUAUACAUGUAUGAUUGUAGUACUGUACAGUAAAUACAGUUUUUAUUCCAAUUAUAGAUUGCUCAAAUGUACAUGCAACUAUCAUGCUUAAAUAGAUAAAACCAGGAAUUGUCUGAAUUCAUAUCAAUGUUGUUGAUGAGCCCAACAAUACUUUCAACAUUAAAAUUUAUGAUUCUUUUAUCUAUUUUCUAGUAAGAGAAUCGUGCACACAAAUGAAAUCAGAGUGGAUAUUAUAUCCCUUAAUAUGAAUGAAAUGACAGAGAUGUAAGUUAUGUACAUGGAAUAAGUAUUCUUGUCUAUGAAAGUAAAGUUAUUUACAUCAUACGGAUGCUGUUUAUUUAAAUAUUAUUAUAACACAUGAUCAGUUGUAUACAAUUUUUAAGAACCCCUCUAACCAAGCUUCCAUAUUAUUACACACAAUUCAAUCUUCAAAACAAAGCUUUUAUUAUUACAUAAAUGCUUCCUAGCUUUAUUUUAAGAUCAGGUAUGGGAAUGUAAUUUUAAAAUUUUAAAAUAAAUAAUGUUGAAAGUGUUGCUAUGUCACCUUGUGAUGAAUUCCUCUAUUUAUGUGUACAAGCAUUAUUCUGUGUGACAUUUGUGAAUAUAAUGUGUAUUUUAAAAUGUUGUUGUUCUGCUAGAAUACAUGAGUAUCUACAGAUUGUAUACAAGGAAUGACUAGCUUUAAACAUUUACAUAGUACCUCAACCACCUGUCUCAUACACUUGUAAUAUAUGCUUAAUUUGUAGAUAUUAUAUAAUUAUUUCUUCUAUUUUUUUUCUAUAUUCUAUCAAUAAGACAUAAAAAAGCUAUGUUGGACGCCAAAUAGACUAUUAUAUUUUCUUUGGAGAUGUAUAACAGCAUUGUAGUGCUGAUGAAAAACCUUAUAUGCAAUGUAGGUUUUACAACAAUCAUGAGGGUAAAUUAUAAUUGGCGUCCCUUACAGUCUAAAUACCUAUAAUUUUUGUUUUUCAUGCCUCAU